ACUCUCAUGACCGAUUUAAGAAAACAGAAUUACCUCCGAUUCAUGAGUUUCAUAGUAUUCUUGGAAAUAAGAUUUCACAAGAGGAUUAUAAUCAUGACCAAAAUAACUUGGAAGAAUAUAAUGAUCUCUAUCUCAAAAUAGAUGUGCUUAGUCUAGCAGAUAUCUGGACAACAUUUAGAAAGACAUCAAUGCAUCAUUAUGGCCUUGACCCCAGUCAUUAUGUAUCUGCACCUUCUCUAUCCUGGGAUGCUAUGCUUAAGAUGACCAAAGUUAAGAUCGAGCUAUUUACAGAAAUGGCAAUGCAUGACUUCAUUGAAAAGGCGAAGCAUGGUGGUAUUACUAUGGCA